CCUUCCCACUAUCCCACUGAAAAUUUGGCUUUUUUUAAGGGGGUGACGACGAUGAGGAAGCUGGUGUCGCUGCGCAACCGCACUACUGUCUUCUUAAGCUCCUCCUUCCACCGUCUUCUGCGUAGCCUAGCUCCUCCUUGUUGAAGGGUCUCUGUUCAAAUCUUUCCGGGCUUUGGCUGGACUCUUUCGCUCGAACCAUGGAAAGUUGGGGUGGCUUGCACUCUCUCCGACGAGGAAAGGCGAGACCUUUGGCCGUGAUCUUCUAUGCCCUUUGGGGCUUCGUUGCCGUCUCCGUAGCUUGUGCUUCUUCUCCUUCUUCGUCGAGCCUGAGCUCGAAGCAGAAGCUCCAAGUUCAGAAGCACUUGAGGCGUUUGAACAAACCGGCCCUCAAAAGCAUUAAGAGCCCAGAUGGGGACGUAAUCGACUGCGUCCAUAUCUCCGACCAGCCAGCAUUUGAUCACCCUUUCCUGAAAGACCACAAAAUUCAGAUGAGACCUAACUACCACCCAGAAGGGCUGUUUGAUGAGAACAACGUGUCCACAGAAGGAAAAAGGAGGAGAAACCCAGUGACUCAGCUCUGGCACUUGAGUGGUAAAUGCCCAGAGAACACCAUACCCAUCAGGAGAACAGACAAGGAUGAUGUUCUUAGAGCAAGCUCAGUCAAAAGAUACGGGAGAAAGCAGCACAGAACCAUACCUCAGCCUAAGUCUGCUGAUCCUGGUCUUAUCAACCAAGGAGGUCAUCAGCAUGCCAUAGCUUAUGUCGAUGGAGGCAAGUACUACGGAGCCAAAGCAACCAUAAAUGUGUGGGAACCAAAGAUAGAGCGACCGAACGAGUUUAGCUUGUCUCAGCUGUGGAUUUUGGGAGGCACUUUUGGCGAAGACCUCAACAGCAUUGAAGCUGGUUGGCAGGUCAGUCCAGAACUUUACGGCGAUAAUAACACACGACUCUUUUCUUACUGGACUAGUGAUGCAUAUCAAGCAACUGGUUGUUACAACCUCCUGUGUUCAGGAUUCAUUCAAAUCAACAACGAGAUAGCGAUGGGGGCCAGCAUAUCGCCGGUCUCCGCUUAUCGUAAUUCGCAGUACGAUAUCAGUAUACUUGUCUGGAAGGAUCCGAAUGAAGGGCACUGGUGGAUGCAAUUCGGGGACGACUACGUUCUGGGCUACUGGCCCUCAUUCCUGUUCUCAUACUUGGGAGACAGCGCAUCCAUGAUCGAGUGGGGAGGCGAGGUCGUGAACACGGAACCCAGCGGUGAACACACGUCAACCCAAAUGGGAAGCGGCCAUUUCCCUGAAGAAGGGUUCGGGAAGGCGAGUUACUUCAGGAACCUUCAGGUCGUCGAUAGCUCCAACAAUCUCAGGGCCCCGAAAGAGAUUGGCACCUUCACGGAGCUAUCUGGUUGCUACGAUGUCCAAACAGGCAGUAAUGCGGAUUGGGGCCAUUACUUUUACUACGGAGGCCCUGGUAGAAACCCAAAAUGCGCAUGAUCGAUGUCUUCUCUCUCCUCUCAUUGUCCCAUGGUAUGGAUAUAAAAUGCAUCCCCACCAUGCCAUCUGCCCUUCAAACCUGUGGUCAGGCCAGUAACUAAGUGACCUCUUUGUGCAGUUGGAAGUUUUUGACUGUGUCUCUAAGUUUGGAAUAAGUGGUUGUAGAGCUGACCAAGUAUGUCCCAAAGCCUGAAAAAAAAAACAGGCCUUUUGAUCAUCUCUCUCCUUAAAUCUGUGUAUACUGUGUCUCUUUGUUUGAGUCAUUAUCGAGUGGCUUGUUGCUGU